AUGAUUGGAUUUGAUGUAAUACCAGAUAAGUAUACUUAUGCGUGUCUUAUACGAGCAUGUUGUGAGGAUUUUUAUGUGGAUGGGUUGAGAAUUGUUCACGGAGGAGUGAUUAUUUCCGGUCUGGGAUUGGAUUCGGUUACUUGCAGUGCAUUAGUUACAGGUUACUCAAAAAUGGGUCUUGUUGGUGAAGCAAGCAAGGUGUUUUGUGGGGUUUUUGAACCAGAUUUGGUUCUGUGGAAUGCUAUGAUUUCUGGCUGUGGUUAUUGUGGAUUUGGUGAUAAAGGGUUGCUUUUUUUUAAUGAAAUGAGAGACAACGGGAAUAAAAGGCCAGAUGGUUAUACCUAUGUUGCGUUAAUCUCGGGUUUAGCAAACUCUAGCUCGCUUGAGCUUGGCCAAGGAAUUCAUGCGUUAUGCUUGAAAAGUGGUUUUGAUUGUAAUGAUCAUGUAGGCAGUUCGCUUGUCAGCAUGUAUUCGAGAUUUAGAUGCGUCAAUCUGGCAUAUAGUGUAUUUAGAAGUUUAUGCCAGCCCGAUUUAGUAACAUGGUCUGCUUUGAUAACUGGAUUUUCUCAGGCUGGAGAACAUGAGAAGGCAUUACUUUUCUACAAGAAUCUGAAUUUGGCGGGUAAAAAGCCAGAUUCUGUUUUGAUUGCUAGUGUAUUGGUGGCAAUUGCUCAAUUGGCAAACGUAGGGCCUGGUGUUCAGAUACAUGGUUAUAUAGUUCGAUAUGGAUUUGAAUCACAUGUCAUGGUUUCUUCUGCUCUAAUAGAUAUGUAUUCAAAGUGCGGUUUUGUGGGAUUGGGGCUUCGUGUCUUUCAGAAUAUGCCAUACAGGAAUAUUGUUUCAUACAAUUCUAUUAUCUCAGGUCUUGGCUUGCAUGGACUUGCUUCCCAAGCUUUUGACAUGUUUACGGAGAUCCUAGAGAAAGGAUUGAAACCUGAUGAGUCUACUUUCUCUGCUCUCCUUUGUGCUUGCUGCCACGCUGGCCUUGUUAAAGAUGGAAGGGAAAUUUUCAGGAGAAUGAAAGAUGAGUUUUGGAUCCAAGCUAGAACAGAGCAUUAUGUUCACAUUGUAAAGCUUCUUGGGAUGGCAGGAGAGCUGGACGAGGCAUAUAGUUUUAUCCUGUCCUUGAAGCAACCAGUAGAUUCUGGCAUUUGGGGAGCAUUGUUGUCAUGCUGCGAUGCUCAUGGGGAUUCUGAGUUGGCAGAAAUUGUAGCCCAGCAGCUUUUUGACAGCGAGCCCAAAAAGGGUGCCUACAGAGUCAUGCUUUCUAACAUAUAUGCUGGCGAUGGGAGAUGGGUUGAUGUUGAGAAGAUGAGAGAUUAUAUAACCACUGAUGGAUCAGAGAAGAUGCCUGGUCUUAGUAGGAUUGGAAGUUAUUGA